CACUGCAACUAUACGGUAAUCAGUAAACUUAAAAAGAAAAAAGAGAUAUGGGAAGUUUGCAGCAACAGCAAGGAGGCGAUGUUGCAGUAAUUCCUCAAUCAUGGGGUGGAGGAAGCAACCGCAUAGCUGCUCUUAAUGUGGAGCCCGGCACCACCCCCCCACAAUCCUCCUCUAAUAACAACAGCAAACGUUUCAAUGAUAAACAUGAUGACCUCAAUCAUGAUCAGAAACCUGGAUGGAGAAAGUUUUUGUCAUUUAUAGGCCCUGGUUUCCUUGUUUCAUUAGCUUAUCUUGAUCCUGGAAACUUGGAAACUGAUUUACAAGCAGGAGCCAGCCAUGGAUAUGAGCUGCUGUGGGUGGUUUUGAUCGGAUUAGUCUUUGCUCUCAUAAUCCAAUCUCUUGCUGCAAAUCUUGGAGUCAGCACUGGCAAACACUUAUCAGAAUUGUGUAAGGCUGAGUACCCAAGAAUGGUGAAAUAUUGCUUAUGGAUACUAGCUGAGAUUGCUGUCAUAGCUGCUGAUAUACCUGAAGUGAUUGGUACAGCCUUUGGAUUGAAUAUACUGUUUAACAUCCCAGUAUGGGUUGGAGUUUUAUUGACGGGUUUAAGCACUCUCCUCCUCCUUGGCCUGCAGAGAUAUGGGGUGAGGAAGCUGGAAAUGCUGAUUGCAGUGCUGGUGUUUGUAAUGGCGGGAUGUUUCUUUGGGGAAAUGAGUUACGUAAAGCCACCAGCAUCAGGUGUGGUUAAAGGCAUGUUUGUUCCUAAACUUAAUGGCCAAGGAGCCACCGGCGACGCCAUUGCCCUCUUGGGUGCCCUUGUUAUGCCGCACAAUCUCUUCCUUCACUCAGCUCUGGUGCUCAGCAGAAAAGUACCAAACUCCGUUCGAGGUGUUAAUGAUGCCUGUAGAUAUUUUCUAAUAGAGAGUGGCAUCGCCUUGUUUGUGGCCUUUUUAAUCAACGUGGCGGUUGUCUCGGUGUCCGCCGCGGUCUGCACAGCUGAUAAUAUUUCCAGUGCUAACCAGAAACGUUGCAACGAUCUUAAUCUCAACUCAGCUUCUUUCCUUCUCCAGAAUGUGUUGGGGAAAUCUAGCAAAGCCCUUUAUGCCGUUGCACUUUUAGCAUCAGGGCAAAGCUCUACCAUUACAGGGACUUAUGCAGGACAAUUUAUCAUGCAGGGUUUCUUGAAUCUUAAAAUGAAGAAAUGGGUGAGGAAUAUAAUGACUAGGUGCAUUGCCAUUACACCUAGUCUCAUUGUGUCCAUCAUUGGUGGAUCUCAAGGGGCCGGUCGACUAAUCAUUAUUGCAUCGAUGAUUCUUUCAUUUGAGCUACCAUUUGCUCUAAUCCCACUCCUUAAAUUUAGUAGCAGCUCAACCAAGAUGGGACCCUACAAGAACUCCAUAAUUACAAUUGUGAUUUCAUGGAUUUUAGGCAUUGGAAUUAUUGGCAUCAACGUGUACUAUUUAAUAACAGCGUUUGUAGACUGGUUGGUUCAUAAUGAUGUACCAAAAGUAGGGAAUGUAUUCAUUGGAAUCAUUGUGUUUCCUUUAAUGGCGAUUUACAUUAUUGCAGUCAUCUAUCUAACAUUCAGAAAAGACAUUGUUGUUACAUAUGUGGAGCCCCAAAAAGAUGAAGCAGCAGAUACCCAAGUUGUUUGAUUUGAAUGCAAUGAUAUUGUCAUAUUAGGUAGUUUCGAUCUCUCAAUUCAAGCUUAAAAAAAAUACUAUUAUGUUCUUUGAAGUUAAAAUGUGAAUCUUGGGUUGGAUUCCCUUCUUUUGUUUUCCUUUUCUAGGUUUUGAAACUACCUUCAUUUGUACACUUUAUGAGCUAAGAUUUUAUACUUGUCCAAAAACAUGUCAUAAUGCUUUGUUGUGUUCUUGUUGUUCUU